AUGGGAGGAAAGAGCGUUUCCUCUAAAAUCUGGAAUGUGACAAGGUUGCCCAUUUCUACUUUUAUUCAAUGUACUGUUCAAAAUCUUGGCUAUUGGCCUAUCGCCACGGCCGCCUACAAGCUGGUCCUCAUCUGGCACGGCGAGAGCGCCUGGAACCUGGAGAACCGCUUCAGCGGCUGGUACGACGCCGACCUGAGCCCGGCGGGCCACGAGGAGGCGAAGCGCGGCGGACAGGCUUUGCGAGAUGCUGGCUAUGAAUUCGACAUCUGCUUCACCUCCGUGCAGAAGAGAGCAAUCCGGACCCUCUGGACAGUCCUGGAUGCCAUUGACCAGAUGUGGCUGCCAGUGGUCAGGACCUGGCGCCUCAAUGAGCGACACUAUGGGGGUCUGACUGGUCUCAAUAAAGCAGAAACUGCUGCUAAGCAUGGUGAGGCACAGGUAAAGAUCUGGAGGCGAUCUUAUGAUGUCCCACCACCGCCAAUGGAGCCUGACCAUCCCUUCUACAGCAACAUCAGUAAGGAUCGCAGGUACGCAGACCUUACUGAGGACCAGCUGCCGUCCUGGGAGAGCCUGAAGGACACUAUUGCCAGAGCACUGCCCUUCUGGAAUGAAGAGAUUGUCCCUCAGAUCAAAGAGGGGAAGAGAGUCCUGAUUGCGGCCCAUAGCAACAGCCUUCAGGGGAUCAUCAAGCAUCUGGAGGGUCUCUCAGAAGAGGCCAUCAUGGAGCUGAACCUGCCAACUGGCAUUCCCAUUGUCUAUGAAUUGGACAAGAACUUGAAGCCCGUUAAACCCAUGCAGUUCCUGGGAGAUGAAGAGACCGUGCGGAAAGCCAUGGAAGCUGUGGCCGUGCAGGGCAAGGCCAAGAAGUGAAGGCGCACAGACAGACUUCUACCCCGAGACCCUCCUCCCUGCCUGUCUGCCUCCUGCGCCCUUCCCAGCACCCGUCACGUCACUGACUCCAUGUUUAGGAUCUUAAGUUUAAGUUGUAGCUGCAGAUGGGGAUCUGUGGCUCCCAUUUUUAGUAUUUUAUCCCCUGCACCCACUCCCUUCAUAGAAUCUAGUCAGAGUAACACCUCUAGGGUGCAGGUUCUUGGUCCACAUCCAGGGACAGUUCCUCUUCCCAGGAUAAUUGAGAGGUAGUAAU